AUGGCGGCCAAGUCAAAGAAGCGGUUGUGUAGGAAUGAAAAUAAAUUAUUAAUACUAGAAAAAUUGGAAAUUAGGGAUGUAAUAUGUUCGAUUUGUCAGUCAAUUCUUAUUGAGCCUGUAACAUUACCAUGUUAUCACGACUUUUGCCAACGUUGUUUUAAUGGUAGCAUUGAAAAUAAUGCUUUGUGUUGUCCACUUUGUCGCUUACGAAUUGGUUCCUGGGUCCGAACAGCUACAAAACAAAAAAGUUUGGUGAAUAGUAAAUUGUGGAACUUCAUCCAAAACAAAUUCCCCGAAGAAGUCGACAAAAAAGUAAAGGGAGAGGAUAUCCAAGGCCUGUCCCCAGAAAUCAAAUUGCCACGCUUAAGCAAGCCUGGAGAAAUAAGAUCUGAGUAUGAAGCAGAAUUGCAACGUUUACGUGCCGAGAGGUUAAAACUUGAACAGAAACAAAUACAAGAGACAGUAGUAUUAAUAAAGAAACUUAAAGAAGAAGAGGAAGAAGCUCAUAAAAAGUAUUUAGAAAGUCUCAAACAUGAUGAAAUGCUAGCAAAAAAAUUACAAGAGCAACAGCAGCACUGUGAACAGCAAAAUGUAACACAAUCUAAAACUAUAAAAAAGAAAAUUACUAAAGUUUCAACUAAUAGAUCCAGACUGAAAUCUUUGACUAUUGAUAGUUAUUUAUCUAAACUAAAGACACCUUCAACGAAUAGUUCAAUAAUAACUGAUGAUACAAGUACUGACGAAUCAGUAUUAAAAGAACCAUCAGCAAAAUCAUCAAACAAGACUUCAACUGAAGUUCACAAAUCCACUAAUGAUUGCUUAGAAAAAAGACCUAAAGAUGUUUGGAAUAAAGAAAAUGGAAAAAAUUGCACAAUAAAGAAAGAUGACUAUACAAAUAAAGAAAAAUGCAAUGAAAAGCAUCCAGUUAAAACUAAAAAUGGCUUACAGUCCCUACUUGUAUCACUACCCCUACCUGCUACAGGAAUUCUCCAGCACAAGUCCAAUGUUUUAGAAAAUAGGAAUUUAGAAACUGAUAGUGUUGACUCAAUGCAACAAGAAUUAUGUUAUUUUAAACCUAUUGAAGGCACAACACCAACUAGCUUCAUGACCAAUCGAGGCCUGCCUCUACGCGUUCCCACCCUACGAGUAGAUAAAGAUAUAAAAAUACCUACAAAACACAGCCCACCAAGCAGGGAUCAGUACAUAGAAAGUCUCUGUCACCUGAGAAAAUUUUCGUUGGAAAAUAAAUUGCCUUCUGCAUUUGUAAUUGCUCUCAGUAUAUUGCAGGCAAAAAAGGUUUCAGAGAAAAAUUCUUGUACCAUGAGGUCAAAGCUAAAACGCUCAGCACCUGUAAGUCUGACUGCAGUUCAGUCAUUAUCAUUUAAAAGAGAAAGGAAUGCUUCUACAAGAAACAAUCAUGAUGAUAUUAACAAGCUCACUGAUAAUACCGAGACAUUUCUAAGACGUACUAGGUCCAUGGGUAGUAUUUCUAAAGUUGAUAAUGAAACAACACCGAAAAAAAAAAUGAAUGAACGUAAAGUGUCUUCAGAGAGAAAAGCGAGACUAAGAAGCGGAAGCAAGAAGUAUUCAAAGAAAGACACCUGUAGCCCUCCAAUUCGUGCUGAAUCAAUAAAUAACAAUAAGGUAAGUCUAGCUGUAAAGAAUUUAUCUAGUCCUUUGGAGGAUUGUGAUGUUAAACAUAUUUUACAAGAGCAGCUAAGAAUCGAAAAACUAAUACAACAAGAGAAGCGAGAUUAUGAGUUAGCGUGCAAAAUGGAUGCGGAGUGGAACGGGAGACGUCAGCCUCGGCGUGCAGCUACAAAACGACAAGUCACAUUAAACUAUGCUCUUCGGCCGGCAAAGAAGGUUAAAGUUUAGUUAGUUCCUCAUAAAAGUAACCUCCAAAAUUUGAUCAAUUGAAAGUGAUAAAUAUUUUUAAAUCCAGAGUGGAUUCCAUCAUACAUUCCAUACUUUUCAUAUUUGCCCCGUUUGAAUGCUCUGUUAACUAAUAAAAUAGAUCAUACUGCAAAUUGUAAAUGAAUAUUUGAAAAAUUAUUGUUUAAUUUUAAUAGAUCGGAAUUGCUGGAACAGUGAAACAAUAAAAGCUUCAAAACGUCUUCCCAAUUGGAUAUAAUAUUGUUGUUAUAUCCAAUGAUUGGAUAUAAUAUAGUAUUGUACAUAUUUAUUCCAUGCUCUGUAUUUAUUUUUUGACAUAAAAUGUUGAGUUUUAUGCAUUAACCACAUUUUAUAAUUAUUAAACCUCAGACGUUAAUUAUGAUAUUAGAGCGAUAACAAAAUAGUUCCUUCUUAGAUCUGUUAGGUGUAUUUUUUGAUCUAGGAGUUCCUUACACAACUACAAAACCUGUGAUGAAAUUAUUUUACGUAAUAUAGCAUAUAUAAAAACGAAAUUUAUACUUGCUUAUUAUAUUCCACCGAUAAAAGACUUUUUGUUAACUUUGUUUUAAUUAUGUAUGUAUAUUUAUAAUGAAAAUAACCUAGACAUUAAAUUAACAGUCAUUAAUAGAUAGGGUUUCAACAAACAAUAUUCUCACCGACUAAACAUUAAGAAUUUAUGUUAAUGUAAAGAUAUAAGUUUUAUCAAUGUAACACAAUAUUUUUGUGUAUAUUGUAUCUAUCCAAUACGAAGUGUGAAAUGCUUGUAAAUUUAUAUAAAUAGGUAGGUAUGUCAUAAUUUUGAUCAAACAAAAUUUGUAGUUGAAAAGGGUAUACACAAUAAUUGUAAAAUUGUAUUAAUUAUUUAAUCAAUGUAAUAUGAUAUUAAUAUGAUGUAACUUAAAAAAAGAGUUGAGUAUACGAUCCUCUUUUCAAGUACGAUAUUUUAAUCUUUCAUUAGUAGGUACUUAACCAAAUAUUAUAUUGACGUGAUAAAAUGAUUAAAGGCUAAAGAUACAAUCUUUCAAAAAUAUGUAUUAAACUUAUUAUAAAAUUUGUCCAUACUUAUGUUAUUGUUAAAAUAGAAUGAGGAAGGAUCUCAUUUCUUAGAGAUUUUGAGAGGUGUAAAUAUGGAGUGUAGAUUUAUAAUUAUUGUUUACUAAGAAUUAAUCACAGCUUGAAUGCUGUCAAAUCUCAGCAUUAGAAUGAUCUCCUUGAAAAUCUGGUCAAUUAUCUUUUUAAUAUGUUUUGAACAUAAUUUCUUAGUUUAUGCACUGUACCUGCGUAAUGUUUUGGUACGUAGUUCAAGCUGAAAGGAUCGAAGUGAGGGUGUAACUGCAAUGUAUGAAAGAUUUGUGGCCAUUAUAAUAUUUUUAUAAAUGCUUGCUGUGAUAUACCAUAAGUGGUGAUAAAAAAUUAGUCCCUACGUAAUUAGUCUGAUCAUUUGUUUUAUAACUUCAAUAUCCGUGGCCGAACUUUAGUUGUGAUUUUCAUACUCUAAAACAUUGAUAUGUAAAUAAACGAUUUAUUAAAAAAAUAUUUUUUAUUCAUCUUCAUAGUUAAGUCGAAAUCUUUAAAUUCACAAACAUACUUGUUUGUUGUACCUUUCUACUAUACUUUAUUAUUAUUUUUCUAUUUCAACGGCUUCAUCAAUAAAACCUAUCCUUUGUCCUUUCUCAGGGUUUAAGCUAUCUCUGUUCCAAAUUUUAAGUAUAGGUAAUCAUGCAAUAUUUUUAAGUUUAGCCCGGACGUAUAUACAGACAAAAAUUCUAAUAACUAUAUUUUUUGGAUUCGAUAUUGAUUAUAGAUAUCACGCCCUAAUUAUUCUUAUAAAAAAUAAUCAACGUACAGUUUUAACUUUCCUAAAAUGAUAAAAUAUGAUCUAUUACUAUAUACUUACGGUUGCUUUUUCCUUAUAAGUGAAACCUACCCACAAACGGUCCGAGCGAGAGGUCCCAAAAAGGAAAUGGUCCUUGUCUAACGUUUAGACAACUCAUAUGAUUGAAUACAUAUUAUAUCAUUGAUGUUUGUAGAAAUGGUAAUUAUGGCAGGCAUGUGUAUCUCCGCGUAUAGGUAUUAAAAAUAUACCUACAGGCGUGGGCCAAUCUGCAAGGGCUAAUCUGGCCAAAGCUGCCCCACGCGAAAAUAGACACGCGCGCGUGCUAUUUGUUCGACCACGUUCGACUUUCUCGAUAAUUACAAGAUGGACACAAAACGAAAAAAAAGCAAGAAGAUACUGUGCAGUAUUUAAUUGUUUAAAUACGGAUCGUGAUCGAAAUUUAACUUUUUUUGGCUACUAAGGGCCCUUAUGUAAUAAAAUUACUAGUGAGGUAACAAUGAUACAAUUUUUAUGUUUCGUCUGAAACAAAAAUAAUCUUGAGUUUAAGGGUCAACUCACACCAAAAGAGCGGCGAAGCGCGGCAAAGCGGAGUUAGUUAUUUCAGUGACUGCACUGAAAUAACUAAAGCUUUUGGUUUUAGCAGAUUUUAGAGGUUUUAGCAAUUGUAUAGUAUAUAAAUCUCAAUUUCAAUUUAAUAAACGUGAAUACCGCUAAAGAAA